UUGUUAGUUAGUAUAAAUAACACUCAAAACGAAACAUCCUACAGAAACCCUCUUCCAAUUCCUUGCAAAAUAAAACACAUCCCAUUCCUCUUCCCUGCACAUAUAAAGCUUGAAGAGAAGAAGCGAUUAAAGAGAGAGAGAGAGAUGGGAAGGUCACCAUGCUGUGAGAAAGCUCACAUGAACAAAGGAGCUUGGACCAAAGAAGAAGACCAGCUUCUCGUUGAUUACAUCCGCAAACACGGCGAAGGUUGCUGGCGAUCUCUUCCUCGAGCCGCAGGGUUGCAGAGAUGUGGUAAGAGUUGUAGGUUGAGAUGGAUGAAUUAUCUAAGACCAGAUCUCAAGAGAGGUAAUUUCGCUGAGGAAGAAGACGAACUCAUCAUCAAACUCCAUAGCUUAUUCGGUAACAAAUGGUCGUUGAUAGCUGGGAGAUUACCAGGAAGAACAGACAACGAGAUCAAAAACUAUUGGAACACUCACAUCAAGAGGAAGCUUCUUAGCCGUGGGAUCGACCCUAACACCCACCGUUCGAUCAACGGAUCCACAACCCCUCCUCCAAAAACGACGAAGUCGUCUCUUCAAAACGACGAGCCGGUACGAUUCGAAAUUUCCGGACCGGAUCAACAACGGAUAGUUAAACCGGAACCGACGGUACUAGACCGAGAAGAUGCUAAUAAUAAAUGCACGAGCAGUGGAACGACGUCGGAAAAGGAUAUUCAAACGGACGAUGAUUGGGUACUCAAUUUGGAACUCUCUGUUGGUCCAGCCACGACCAAGAGUUAUCGGUACGAGUUGACUCGCAAAGCGAAUCCUGACUUGGCCGAGUCGACUCGACGGUCGAGCUUUGAGUUGUUAGGAGCUCAGGCUGAGGUGUGUUUGUGUUGUCGGAUAGGGUUUCAUAACGAGUCGUGUCGGAAUUGUCGUACUUCUGAUGUUACAACCACUUGGGAAUCAAAAAUUCUUUAGGAAUCUUUUAUAUAAGUCUAAUUUGUAUUUUUUUUUUUGUUCCUUUAAUUUCUUGUAAUGCAUGAAGUAACAACAUAGGUUUCAUUAA